AAACCUCUCCAGAUCAUAUUCUCCUCCUCCGUCAUCGUUGAGCACUCAACGCUCUCCUGCGCCGUUAAAGCCUCCAUCAACACUCGCAAUCUGAAAUCUCGACCGUUUAAAAGAAAAAAGGAAACCGACUAGAAUCAUGAUUCAGUUACUAUUCACUUUGAUAUUUGCCGAAAUGGCAUUAAUCGUGAUCUUCGUGUUCAAGACGCCAUUAAGGAAGCUAGUGAUAAUGGGCCUGGACCGGGUCAAGAGAGGCCGCGGCCCAAUUAUUGUGAAAACUGUUGCUGGUACUCUCUUCGUCGUUAUGCUGUCCACAAUCUACAGUAUUGCGUCGAUCCGCACGCGGUGGAUGGAUGAAGGAGGUGAUAUUACUCCCACUGAUCAGAUUCUAUUGGCUCAGCAUCUUCUCGAAGCUUCUCUCAUGGGAUUCUCCCUCUUCCUCGCUUUCAUGAUCGAUAGACUACACCAUUAUAUAAGAGAACUUAGUAUGAGAAGGAAGACCAUGGAAGCUGUGAAAAAGCAAAACAGAGCCUUUGAGGAUGGAAAAAGUGGAGCUUCUGAGGAGAUCAAAACUUUGGAGGAAGAGGCAAGUGCAUUGCGUGGAAAAAUUAAACAGCUGGAGUCAGAACUGCAGGAGAAGGCCAAAGAAGCAAGCGGUGCUGAAGCCAAUGCAGUUGCUCUAAAAAAGCAGUCAGAAGGAUUUCUUCUUGAAUAUGACCGCUUACUUGAGGAAAACCAAAAUCUUCGUUCUCAAUUGCAAUCACUGGAUCGUACAUUGUCACGCUCUGAUAGCAAGAAGGUGUCCUAAAGAACCGUGUGUCGCUGUGUAUGAACCAUGUCUCAUUAUGUCUUGUUAAUACCUUCGCAUCUUUCCAGCUCAAAAUCUGAAUGAGGUGUAAGAAUCCAGAGUUCCGAGAGUACUUUUCAUUUUACUCUAUGAUAUAGUCUUUGUGUCCUUAAAUUUCUGUUGUGCGAUAGGGGGUUAGCAUAUAUGAAUGGUAGAAGCUUUUUUUCUUUCAAUAUUUAGUGUACUUUAUCCUCUUGAAAUGUGGCCUGCGUCUGCUGUCAUUGCCAACUUCAUCCAGUAAGACGCCUUUCCAGAAAGUACUUGUAGGUUGAUUGGUUAUGAAAUUUCUUCAGCAUUGUUAAACCCUUUUAA